ACCCACAUCCUCCGUUGUACCUCGACCAUCUGCUGUUCAUCCAGUCUCUGAGCCUCAUCUUGCCGCUUGGAUCUCAAGUCUCGUGAUUGACUCUGCCUACGAGAGUCCGUUGCAGAUACAAUCCUGGAUGACCUGUGUCAUCUUUCCUUCAUCCAGUCUGCCGCCACCUCAGUGCAUGAUCAAACCCCCCGGACCGGUCACCACUGCUCAAUUCCCUGCACCAUGGCCAUCACUGCGAGCUAUGGCGCGCCUCCACGAUCCAUGCCUAUGCGAUCAAAUUCUCGCCCUCGAUCAGUGAGCAUGGCAGAUUAUACACCCCUCUAUAUCGAUCGAGAGGCAUUGUCCUCGGCAUACCACGCUGCCAUUUCUACAACCCCAUCUUCAACUUCUGGGUACACUCAAUCAUCUCAAAACUACUCAGCUCCGCCUUCAACAUACUCUGGUACGUCUUACGAAACACCAGGACCUUCUUCCCCCUCUACACUGUCACAUCACCUGAAACCUGGAGAUAAUCCUCAUCUCGUGUUCGACAAGUCGGAUCCAUCCUAUGUCAAUCAAGCGGGUGUCGGAGCGGGCCAUUCGUUGACGCCUGGAGCGCUUCCUUUCAAUGCAUAUCCUUCUCCGGCAUCUGGUGCUCUCCCCGUGUCCGCGGGCGGCAAUGGCACGAGUCUUGAUCCUGUUCCCCCAACACCUCCGCGUGAGGCGCGGACAGAGCAUGUCGGAUGUACACGAUUUCCAAAGCCCAGGCAUGGCAUACGAGGCUGUCCCAGAGGGUAAUUGGCAUCGGGAUCAGCGAAAUCUACCACGCGUUCCAACAAAUGUUCCUCCACCGGUGAGUCGGUCUGGAAAGAGCAUGGCUUCAAAUUAUGUUCCCCUCGGCUUCAUGAUCGCCUCAUGACUGCCCUCCCGUGAUAGGCACAUACUCGCCCUGUGUCUCAUUCAGCCUCACAGUCGUGACCUGUCGUCGCUGCCCGUCGCAGUCUGCUUCUCUCGCUGCUCAAUCGCUGACCAUGAUAUCAGGAAUUGCCUCCAUGGGAGUACG